AUGAUAAAGGCAUCAAUUAAGUGUGUCAAAUGUUUAUAGGAAACGAAAGAAAGUGCGUCUUAUAAAGCAAAAUGUGGACACUUGUAUUGUAUCAAGUGUAUAGAUCAAAUUACUGCUGAAGGGGGUGCAAAUUGCUCAGAGAUGUCAUGCUCUAAUUUUCUAAACAUAGCAGAUCUAAUGAACAGACAAUUCCAAAAACUAUCGAAUAGCAAUCAAAUGGUUUUUGGGAAAUAGGUUACCAUGUUUGCAGGAGAUCCCAAAAAAUUAGCAUCACCAUCUCAAUAAAACAAAGCAACAGCUGUAAAACAGAACAACUAAAACUUAAAUACUCCACGAAAUUAAUAGAAAAAUACUCUGCCUCGAAGAUCAAUUUAAGAACGUUCUCCUGUGGCAAUUUAAACGAAAUCCAAAUCUUAAAUGCAGAAAGUAACAGAUCGUGUUUUGCAGCAAUAAAAUAGUGCCAAGAUGAUUAACCCAAAGCAACAAUAAACCUAAUAAAGAUAAUAAGCAUAGGUAAUUCCAUAACAGCAAGUGUAAUAACCUAAAUAAUAACAAUAAAAAUUGACACAACAAAAUGUUUAUAUCUAACCACAAAAACAAGAGAUCAAAGUGGAUAUCGACAAUAGAAUGACGGAAUCAUUUUCCUAUAAAUGUGACUAUUGUCAUUCCAAUAACUCAGGGUUAUUUCAUAAUGAAAUCUGUGAUCAUCGCUUAUGUUAUGAUUGCAUUUAAAAAUAUUAUGAUGACUAUUGUGUCUGCUUUGUCAAGGAUUGCGGUUGGUAAAUCAACUAGGAAUAAUUAAACUAAUUUAUGUUAACCUAUGUCACCUUUUAAUUGGGUGAAGUUGAAGAAGUCAAACUCAAAAGACAACAAUCCUCGAAUGAUCAGCAAGACAUCUUAAUUAGCAAAUUUCAAUUUGAAGAAGUCACCUUACAACACAUGUAAAUAUCCAACAUGAAUGAAUUCAUCAAGACCUUUGACGAGCUCAAAAUCAAGGAAAAAAAUUACAUCGAUCUCAGAUUUGGACCAAAUGACAAAAGUGUUGGAUCCAAUUACUCAGUUACCUGGUAAAGAUUGAAUGUGAUAUUCAAUGGGGAUUAUCAGUUUUUUGCAAAAGCAAACGAUGACAAAAGGUUUGGACUUGGUAAAUACAUUGGGCCUUAAGAUAUCAUAUAAGGUUAAUUAGGAAACUGCUAUUUACUGGCCUCAAUUUCAGCUUUGGGGAAUAGAAGACCAGAUUUGUUAUUAGAUGUUUUUAUUACUAGAGCAAUCAAUGAAUAGGGCAUUUAUUGCAUUAGAUUGUGUAUAGAUGGGAUAUGGAAGGCCAUCUAUGUGGAUGAUUACUUCCCAGUUUAUCCAAAUUUAACACCCAUAUUUACCAAAGCAAAGAAUAAUGCAAUUUGGGUUAUGGUUCUAGAGAAAGCAUGGGCCAAAUUGUUUGGCUCUUAUCAAAAUAGUGCUGCUGGCUCAAUGCAAGAAGUACUCAGAGCAUUAACUGGAGCACCAACAGAAGUUAUCUGGACUCAAUCUCCAGAUUUCAUUGCUCAACUAAGGAGAUGUCUUGCCAAUAAGGUUAUCAUGGUGGCAGCAACCCAAAGUAGUGAUAUCCAACCCAUUACACAAGGAUUGGUUCCUAAUCAUGCCUAUUCAGUUCUGAAGAUCAGAUAAAUCAAUCAUCCAAAAAGAGGAUAAGUGGAAUUGUUGAAAUUGAGAAACCCUUGGGGGAAGAAAGAAUGGACUGGAGAUUGGGGAUAAGAUAGUCCAUUGUGGACUCCACAAUUGAGAUAAGAGUUAAAAUUGGAUAAAGAAGAUUCUGGUGUAUUCUAUAUGGAUGUAGGAUCAUUCAUGCAAUAGUUUAGAGACAUUCAUAUUUGUCAUAUCAAACAAGAUUAUUAAUAUUCAGCUACUCAAAUCAAGUCAAGCAAGAAAAAGGCUGUCUAUUAUUCAUUUAAAAUUACUAAGGAAGGAGACUAUUACAUUACUAUCAAUUAACGAAAUCAAAGAUGGGCAGGAAACCCUAAGUAUAGCAAUGCUAAACUGCUUAUUUGUAAAAAGGAAGAAAACCAUACAUACACAUAUAUUGCUGGUAAAUUAAGUUAAUUUGGAGAAGUAUGGUGUAAAUGCACUUUAACAAAGGGUGAAUAUGUUGUGUUUGCAAAGGUGAUUUGGGAACAUCAUCAAGAAUUUUUCUUUGUUCUCUCAUCAUAUGGAAUUGAUAAACUUGAAUUCAAAUAAAUAAAAAAGAUUCCUGAAAUGCUCCCAAGUGUCUUGAUCAAAAAAGGACUGGUUUAAUAACCAAAACGAAGUUAUGACACUAUGGGAUAACCCAAAAUCCAAAGUUGCUAUAAUCUAGAUAGAUUAGAUGGUUGGGGUUAUUACUUCAUUGACAAUCAAUCAAAUGUUAAAUUAAUUAGCAAAAUAUCCUUUCAUAAAUUCUAUGGCCUCAAAUUUUGUAAACCUCAUAGAGGAGUUACACUCAACAUUGAACUGGCUCCUGGCAAAUAGUUUAUUGCAGUUAUCAAAGUGCUUUCUGGAUAUGAAAUAGAAUUUACUCAAAAGGUUCAAUUUCAACAAUGA